AUGCUCUUGGAUGUUGCACUAUCAAUCAUUCUUGUCGGCUUCCUUAACUACCAGUUUGAAGCAGCCUUCCGAAUGUCUUUCUAUGGAGAUGUGCAAGCAAGGAGGGAUACGCAGCGGAUGCAGAUAGUUCGAGAUCAAGCUGACUGGUUGUUGAAUAACGUCAUCCCAGCACAUGCUGUCGAAAGUCUCAAAACGGACACUAAAUACAGGUAAAU